CAUAGCUCGUGGUCUCUCCCGGCCACUUGGCUCCCCCAUCUCUUAUCCGCUCAUGACUCCAUCUGCCCUUGUCUCCUCUCCCACCUGGCUCCCCAAUGGUGGAGUAACCUUCCCGUUCCGUUGUCAUGGAUGAUGAAGACGGCAGGUGCCUGCUAGAUGUAAUUUGUGACCCAGAAGCUCUCAAUGACUUUCUUCAUGGAUCAGAGACCCAUUUGGACACUGACGAUCUUUUGGAUGGUUCGAGUGACCCCUCCAGCUCGUUCUUCUCUACCGCUGGGGGCCAUGUUUCAGAGGUCCAGCCCACUGUCCAGCUGUCGGCCAGCGAGCCAGCAGGCCUACCCCGGGUCAGUGUGGACCUUGAUUUCCUGGAGGAUGACGACAUCCUGGGAGGAUCCCCAGGUGGUGAAGGCGGGAGCAAUGGCAUUGGGACAAAUCAUGAGCCAUGUGACAUCCUGCAGCAGAGCUUGGCCGAAGCCAACAUCACAGAGCAAAGCCUGCAGGAGGCAGAGGAUGAGCUGGACCUGGGUUCCUUUGGGAUCCCCGGCCUCACACAGGUGGUCCAGACGCUGCCUGAUGCCAGCCUUUCUGGGACUGGAGGCACUGCGGUUGGUGUAGGAAUAGGAGUUGGCGUUGGGGGAACGGCAGCAAUCUUCCCUGGAUCAGGCCCCAGCUCCACAGCCACUCCUCCCAACGCCACCACUGACAUGCUGGGAUCAGUGCUGGCUCAUCAGGGCCUACAGCUUCAACCCCAGGUGAUGAACAAGGCCAUUAGUGUUCAGCCAUUUAUGCAGUCUGUGGGCCUGGGUAAUGUGACUCUUCAACCCAUUUCAAGUCUCCAAGCUCUCCCUAAUGGAGGUCAGUCAGGACAUUUGGGUAUUGGACAGAUUCAGGUUGUGGGCCAACCUACAGUCAUGACUAUCAACCAGUCUGGGCAGCCUAUCCUGGCCAAAGCUAUGGGUGGCUACCAGUUGCACCAGCCUGCACCAGAGGUAUCAGGUGCAGGGACGCAGCCUGGACUUGGAGGCUCAGUUUUAAGUUCUGGUGGUGGACUUUUGAUCCAAGGGGGCAAAGCCACUCUGGGAUCUCCAGGUUUAAAUGGACCAGCCGUAUGUGUCAGCAGUACCAACAGCAGCAGUGGUGGCACGAUGACUGCUCCCCCUGGGCUGGUGGGCUUUGGCACCACCCCUCUAAGCACAGGAAUUGGCCCCCAAACACAAACUCAAGGCCAAAUUAUGCAGAACGUGAUCAUCCAGCGCACACCGACGCCCAUCCAGCCCAAGCCCCCUCAGGGGGGAGCCAUUCAGCCCAAGCUCUUCAAGCAACAGCAACAGCAGCCACAGCCACAGCCCACAACCCAUGCCCUGCAAAACGAUGCCAACAAGGCUCUAGGAUUGCAGCAACUCCCAGUUUCUGCAGCACAGAAUGUAGCCUUCCUGACAGGCAAGGCGGGCUCCAAUGUGGUCCUGAGCACGCAGGCUGCAUCGCAAAGCCCUCAGUUCCAAUCUGCCCUGUUCAAGCAACAAGCAGGGCAGCCAUCAGGCAAACCCCUCAGUGUGCACUUGUUAAACCAACCAGGCAGCAUUGUCAUCCCCUCUCAGACUGUUCUGCAGGGUCAGAACCACCAGUUUCUCCUUCCACAGCUUCAAGCAGGUGGACAGAUCCUGACGCAGCAUCCAGGGGGGCACAUCAUAACCAGUCAGGGUCCAGGUGGACAGCUCAUUGCCAACCAGAUCCUUGCUGCUAACCAAAACAUCAAUCUGGGCCAGGUGUUGACCUCACAAGGUCAUUCUGGGGCUGCUCAUAUCCUCUCUGGGCCCAUCCAGCUACAGCCUGGCCAGAUGGCUCCACCCACCCUUUUUCAGAUGCCUGUAUCUUUGGCUCAGAGUCAGAACCAAACACAGAGCCACCCUGUCACAGGUCACGCUCAGACGGUCAUCCAGAGCAUGCCUAUUCAAAACUCCCUGACCAUGUUGAGUCAGGUGGAGGGGCUUAGCCCAGCGGUCAGCCUUCAACCAGCCCUCCAGCCCCAGGCUGGCGGAGUCCCCAGCAGCAGCAGUACUGGAGCAGUAGCCAUGGCUCAAGGUCAGCCUGGGGAGUGUGUCACUGUGCUGGGAAGUUCCACGGACCAGGCUGCUCACACUCCCCAGCAGCAUGUGCCGCAGACAUCUAUCCUCACAAUGCAGCCUGCCCCCGCUGUAUCCACAGCAGCCUCAGUCCCUUCCUCCUCUCCGUCCAUGUCUGUGGCCACCUCUUCCUCUGUGACAGCUGUGGGGUUGCCCACCCCCCAGGCUCAACACAGCCCAGGGAGGGUGCUUUUCACCAACCAGGGAUCCAGCAUGAUUCUCAGCCAGGAGUCUCUGCAAAUGUUCCUACAACAGGAGCAGCACCACCAAACAGAGAAUGACUCCACCCCCUCUGUGGGCGUACCAGCAUCUGUUAUCGUCAGCGGCAACAACAUCUCUGGUCCAGCCCCCCUUGUCCAUGACAGCCAGUUAGCUGACUCACGGGUGGGUCAGAGUCCCAGCCCCUCCCCUGGCCCCUCCCACAUGGCAGCAGUGGUAAAGCAGGUGCCCUCAAGUGGACAUCAACAGCCCUUGAAGAUCCAGAGCAUGUCCCCUUCUGUGGCUCUGACCACUCAUGCCACAGCGCCCCCGCUGGCCGACAGCCCCCAGCCCUCCCAGUCUCCCCUCACCCUGAGCCAGCCCAUCCAGUCCCCACACCAUCAGCAACAAUCUCGACCCCCCUCCCAGCCUCAGCCUCAGCCACAGUCCCAGACCCCCUCUCGCUCGUGCACGCCCUCUUCACACACACCACUCUUCAUCGUCCACAACCAGAUCCCCCCCGGGUCCCCCCAGCAGGCCCCCCAGAGCCAGCCGCAACAGCCCCAGCCGCAGCCUCAGCCCGCUCACAUCCAGGUCCAGCUCCAGCCUCAGGCACGGCCCCCAUCUCAGCCCGCUCCUUUCCAGCAGGACAUGCCUCCGGCUUCUCAUUCCCCCAAGCCCCCUCCGGCUGCGCAGCACCAGUUCACAGCACCCACGGUCAGCACCCCCACCAGCACAGUAGUGAAAGCCCAAGUCCCCCUCCAGGGCCUGACGGCAGAGCAGCAGCACCACCUGCAGCUGGUAGGCGCUCGAAUCCAGACGCUGUCUGGCAUCACUCAGCCUUCUCAUCAACAGAAACAGCUGCUGGACAAGCUGCACCAGGUCCAGCAGAACAUACUCCUUCAGGUCAAGCAGCCCGCUCAGCUUCUGGCUCUGAAUCAGCCUCAACCUCUGCCUCAGCCCGUGCCUCAACCUCCACUGGCCACGAGUCACUUCAGCUCCCAGCAAGAUGUGCCUAUUGACAAAGUAGUGAUGUCAUCAUCGACAUCAUCCUCUGCUGCUGCUGCUGGUCCGCCUGCUGAGCUUCCCCCGAUGCUGCAGCAGACAUCUGUGCUGGUUAAGAAUCCUGUCCCAGCAUCAAGUGACUUGCAGGUAUUCUCAGGAGUCCAAGGACCAGGCGGAGCAAUGGGGAACCAGACUGUCACUCCAGCAAGCCUUACGCAGCCUGCACAGGUCCAGCCAAAGCCAGGAGUGAUCAGCUCAGUUGGAGGGAUGCCUCUGGGGAAAGCUGGGGUGCAGAUCCAGGUGUUGGGGACGGGUCUGACACAGAUGCCAGCUCCACAGCCUCCUGCCCCAGUGCAAACACAGACCACCACAACAAUGAAGAUGCCUUUCAGUGCAGAGCCCAGUAAAGAAGCCAGGAUGCUAGAGCAGCUGAGGAAACAGCAGGGCUCGGUGCUUCACCCAAACUACAGCGUUCCUUUCAACUCCUUUGAGGACUCCCUGCACAGACUGCUGCCUUACCACCUGUACCAGGGCACCGCCAACUCCCCGCAAGACUAUCAACGAGUGGACGACGAGUUUGAGAGUGUCUCCAGUCAGCUGCUGAAAAGGACUCAGGCCAUGCUGGAUAAAUACCGCUACCUGCUCUUUGCCGAGUCAAAGCAGAGAAUGGGCCCCUCGGCAGAGAUGGUGAUGAUUGACCGGAUGUUCAUUCAGGAGGAGAAGAUUGCUCUGAGUCAGGACAGGAUAUUGGCCAAGGAGAGGCCAGAGGAGUUUGUGGCAAACGCACGGAUGCUGGAGCGUGGGGCCGCGACUGCCCUUCAGCAGCCCUCUUCCUCCUCUUCUGAGCCGGGCUCCAGCAGCGUAGGGGUGGCCGCAGUGGCUCCUGCGCCAGGCCCUCUUCCAAACGUCGUCCCAAACCCUGUCCCCCCACCCGUCCCUGCUACAGCUGCGGCUCCGGCUGCGGCUCCUGCUGCGGCUCCUGCACCUGCCCCUGCUCCCGCUCCCACUCCCUUCCCCCCAACCAAACUGGUGAUAAAGCAGGGUGGCGGGGGAGCAUCUGUAUCCUGGUCCAGUAGCUGUCCUCCAGCCCCUGCCAGGCCCGUGGCUGAACCCACCAAUCAGAGCUCCUCUUUCAGCCAUGCUCCGCCUACGUCGUCAUCUUUUUCUUCCUCCUCACAUUCUUCCUCAUUCUCUGCCACCUCCUUUGCCUCCCGGGUGGCUGAUGACGACGACGACGCCCUUCCGCAGCGAACCAGCAAGCCGCCCAUCAAAACCUACGAGGCGCGCAGGCGGAUCGGCCUGAAGCUGAAGAUCAAACAGGACCAGACGGGAUUCAGCAAAGUGGUCCACAACACCGCCUUGGAUCCAGUGCACACGCCCACGCCUCAGCCCCAGCAGAGCAAUCCUCCCCCAUGUCAGAGCCAAACCCAAUCCCACCCACAAGAGGCAACGUCACAUUCGAAAGCCUGCCUGACAGCGCCGCCCUCUGCCGGUGUCGUUAGAACUCAGCCCCCAGCUUCUACCACCCCCUCCUCAUCACCUGUCACUGUGGUGACCACUCAGUCCAACACCCCGCUGAGAGGCACUGCGCCACACAGCACGGCCCCACCUUCUGCCUCCUCUGCUUCCUCUCACCCCUGGUCUUCGUCAGCACCAUCUGUAGCCUCCUGCUCCUCCUCUGCUCAGAUGAAUGGAACACUUGAGCACCACGAUGUGGGCGGGGUCAAGCGCAACCCUGCCUCCACAACCACGCCUCCACAGACCACCUGUCGCCUCCCUCUGCGUAAGACCUACCGGGAGAACGUCAGUCCCCGGGUCCGGCCAGGGGUCCCGGGCGGGGGAGGAGACGAGAGUGUGCCCUACCCUAGAGCCAAGCCCUCGCCCCCCCGACCCGGGGCCCCGUCUCCGCCCUCAGAGCGCACGGUGAUAGCCAGUGUCACGGUGGAGAAGAGGGGCAGGGAGGCAUCUCAUCACCACACAGAGCCAGGUCAGGAAGGGGGCAGGCUGGGCAACCCCGUGCAAGGGCUGGAUCGGGUGGAGGAGGUCUUUAACCGCGGUAUUAAAACCACACAACACCAUCACCUCGCACAUCUCCCUGACAAAGAGGGGGAGGAGGAGAGAGGGGGAGAGCACAUAGACCAAGAGACGGGCUUGAGUAGUUUCAAAAGAGCAAGUGGGAAAAACAGACACAGGGUGGGUGGAACGUUUAGAAUGGACCAGCAUGCCCCGGGGCCUCCCUCGCCAGAGUCCUCGUGUGCGAGGGACUCCUCGCUCCCCGCCAAACGCUGCAAGUCGGACUCCCCUGACAUGGAUAAUGCCAGCUUCUCUAGCGGCAGCCCCCCCGACGACUCCCUGAACGAGCACCUCCAGUGCGCCAUCGAUAGCAUCCUAAACCUACAGCAGGGGCCCUCGGCCCGCGGCCCCCACCUCAAAGGGAGUAGCAGCAGGCCCCACCCGCACCAAAGCCAACGCCCAGGGGGCCCGGCAGCCUCAUCUCACAGACCCUCAGCCCCCACCUCCUCUUCUUCCUCCUCGUCCUCCUCCCUGGGCCAACGCCCUCAGGUUGGUGGCCGGGGCCACAACGGAAGCCUGGUGCCCCAGACUCACAGCAGAUAA